AAAAAUCACACGAUUAUAUCAUGAUCAUUUAUUCUCAUAUCGUGAUUAUUCGUGAUAAUAUCGUAAUCGUUCAUGAUCGUGUCCGAAUGCGAUUGUAUUUUUACAAUAUUAAAUAUCAUAAAUUCAUACUUGAGAAUAUAAUACAAUGUUAAUAUUAUUAAGUACGUAGCACAUAUUUAAACAAAAAAGACAUUUUUUUCUAUCACCAUAAACGACGUACUGCUACUUAUCUAUUUUUCAUUCCAGAACGAUGAUUCAUUAUAUCGAUGGUAGGGGAAGGUCUAAAUAUCGCAGUAUCUAUAGAACCUCAAAGCGCAUUGGUCGAGAUAUAAGGCCACAUUAGAUUAGUCUAUAUAGCAUCCGGGCCUUACAAGAUAUUUCUGAGAUAUUUCAUUGUGUUUUUUACUCAUAUAGUAUACGAAGUUCCUUUGUGUCAAGUAUCGGAGAAUAGGAUAUCGUUAAAUGAUGCGCAUGUAUAUAUGUGUAUAUAUAUAUAUAUAUACAUCUGUAUAUAAUUAUACAUCGUUUUUUUUUUUCAAUCAUAUCUCAAAAUUUAUUUUUUAUCAAUAGUAGCAUCAAUCUUUAAUUCGUGAUAAAUUUAUUUUACAUUUGUCGAUAUCAUGAUAUAAUAUUUUUUUUGUUCUCGGUCGCCAUGACAAUUUAGAUUAUUUUUUAAGAUACACGAGCAUAUACGAUAUAUCAUUUAUAUAAUAUAACGACUAUGUAAUUAUUAAUUGUGAUAAAAAUACGUGAAAAAUAUAAAGAAAAAUGUGAUCUAUUGAAAAGUGUGUGAUUAUUGGAUAUUAUAGAAUAAUUGAAUGAUAGGAAUGAUUCGAAGAUUAAAUUCAUCCUUUUUGUAGCAAAUAAUAAUGAAGACCGUUCGUAAUUUCAUCAAACUCAUGUAACGUUAUAUCACAGAAGAUGGCGCAGCGAUUCCGUAAAAAGUUUAACGCCGGCAAAGAUUCAAUGAAAUACAUGCGUCGAAGAUCGACGAAACGCGCUGUUAGAAGUAUAAAAGAAAUUAAAUUGUUUGAUACGUCGAUGGUGAAUAAUAAAGAAGAUUUUAUGAACAUAAUAGGACUCGAAAUGAAAAGGCAAGAAAUAGAAAAUAACGUGGAAAGAAAUAAUAACGUGAUAAUUAAGAAGAAAAACGAAGAGAAGGAAGAGGAAGAAGAAGAAGAAGAAGCAGAAGAAGAAGAAGAAGAAGAAGAAGAAGAAGAAGAAGAAGAAGAAGAAGAAGAUGGAAAAGAAAACUCUUUGGAUACUUUAAGAAUACGAAAAUGCAGUGUCGUUAUUGUUGCCGAAAGAUGUAAAAUUUGUGACUUACCUUUCAAAUGUAAAAGUGACGUUAUAUUCCACACGGUUAUGCGACACGGUAAUGAUCCCGUUAUAAGCAAUAACUAUACGGGAACCAAUGCCGUUACGAAGAAACAACGUUUAAACAUUCGAAGAAGGAAAACACCGAAUAACAAUAAUAAUCUCUUUCGUCUUAAAAUAAAAAUAGGCGAGGAGAUCAUUUCGGAUAUUACUAUAAAUCGUAAACAUUUGAAAAUAUUAAAUUCCUCUUCUAGUUCUACAUCCAAUUCAUCAUCAUCAUUUUUCCCGCCAAAAAUAAUCAAUCCUGAAAAUCGAAAGAAUGAAAAUUCUAUUAUGGUUAAAAAUAAUUCUGAAAGUAGUCUACUAGGUAUUGAUUAUUUCGGCUCGACAAAGAAUCAUUACGAGAACUAUGUUAUGGGCGUUCAACCCUUGAAUCGUAUACAUAUGUUAGACGACUCCCUAUUAAAUGAAGGGUUUCGAUAUAACAAUGAAGGUAAUCAUUCAAAGCAUGUUAUAGAUGUGGAAAAUAAAAAUACGGCAUAUUGUAACGAAGAAACCGUAUUCUUUAGAUUACCUUUGUUAUGCUCUUUACCUAAGGAUAUUAAGAUAAAAAAUAAUGAAAAUUCGUACAUAACUAAUACCUCAUCUAUUGACGAAUGUAAUACAUUCGAUAAAGAAAAUACAGUUGCUAAAACGCAAUCGGUAAAAAAUAUUGUAAAUGUUGGCCAGUCAAUGGUACCUACUGAAAUGCAUUUGGAAUCGCUUAAGGAAGAUGAGAAUAAGGUUGAUGACGAUGAAAUACAAGAAAUACUUCGUAUUACCAAAAGAAGACGGACGAACAAUAACAACGAUAAUAUCAUACGCAAAUUGGAUAGUCCUUUAAAUAGAGAACGAAUGUUGUUACCCGAUUCCGAAGAAGAAUUUAUCAAUAUGAGGGAAAAGGGAUACCAUUUAUGUAUAUCGAUAGUAUGAUAUAUCAUCAAUACUAAUUCCUUGAUGUUUUCCUCCGUCGUACUGGAUAACAUCGGAAUUAUUCGAACUUCGUAAUUACGCCAAUAGUAUAUAGUAUAAAAACAUAUAAGGAUGCAACGGAGAUAACAAAUAGUUACGCUAUGAAAAGUUGAAAGAGAACUUCUAACUUUUCUUCUUUGAAAAUCGCUUAAAGCCUAUUAUUAUUUUUGUAUUAUAGACUGAUGUAGUGUUUCAAUUCUAAUGCAAGUGUAUAUAUAUAUAUAUAUAUAUAUGCGCGUUUUUUUUUUUUUAUUAAUCUUACUAAAAAUAUAGUAAUAUCUUUUCAAUCAUGAUUGCGAGUUUCUCUCUUAAUUGACAAUAAUUCGAAGCUGUGCUUCGAAUAUUAUUAAAAAAAUAUGUUGUAUAAAUAUUAAGUAAGAGAGAAUUCAUAAGAAAAACGAUAUAUGGAAGAAACGCGGAAAACAAAGAAUCUUAGAAGAUUUUAUAUUUUAUACAAUUCAAUCGCUGCAAUAUGCUGAAAUAAAUCUAUACAUUGUGUAUAAUAUAAUUGUGUAUGUAUGUGUGUGUAUGUGCGCGCGCGCGCGUGUGUGUAUGUAUACGUAUAUUAUGCAUAAUACGUCACAUACACAGUGAGCUACUUAAGUAUUCGUAUAGUACAUUAAGUAUUUCCAUAUACAUAUAUUAUACGAAUACUAUAUAACUCUCCUAUUGUAUAUAUAGACUAUAUAAAGUCGUAUAUAUAAUGGUACAUACGUACAUGUCUACGAUGAGAAACAUGUCUACGAACAUGUUUAUUUUCAAAAUUAUUUAAAUACAUUUUAUAAAAUCAAAAACUCAUUAACGAUAAAUAAUAGUUAAAAUUAACAAAUAUAACUUGCAUACAAAACAAGUAUAUUUUUUCCAAUCUUUUUUUUUUUAUAUUCUUUCUUAUUCACUCAUCAAAUGGACAUGUUUAUUAUAUGUCGACGUUUAUUUCGAUAUCUUUUUUAUCACUUUAUUUAUAAUUUAUUCGGACGAUGAUGUUAACAAAAUUGUAAAAUAAUACGUAAUGUCAAUAAGUGAGAAAUUACAAGUGUUCCCUACUUGUUACCUACCUACAAUAUCCUAGGUAAUUAUUCUUUGAAAAAUAAUUGGAACAAUUAGAUUACGAUGCGUCAAAUUUGUGACGCAUAUAUAUAUAUAUAUAUAUAUAUAUAUAUAUAUAUAUAUGCGUAUAACACAUAAUACGAAUCAUUUACGUCAUAAUAUUUAUCUUGAUUAUGUUUUUAUAUUUCUAUAUAUCUUACUUAAAUAUGUUUCGUAAAUUUCGUAUAUCGUAUCGUGUUAUCUACCCCUAUUUAUCUGUCAUUAUUUUGGUAUUCCAAUUUUCUACUAAAUUUUUUUUACAUUUUUACUAAAAUACUAUUUAUAUAAAUAUAUUAUAUAUACAUACAUAUAUAUAUAUAUAUAUAU